CACUGGUAAAUCAUCAAGUCACCAGUUAAACUCUGAAAGCAGUUGUUUUCUAAUAUUAUGGGAAUUUUUUUAGAUAUGGUUCAGGUGGAAGAAAUUACAACUGGAGAACGAUCAAAAAGAUCAGCCGAUGGCGAGCUGCCUAAGACUAUGUACUUUCAUCUCAAGUCGGAGAAAACAGACGCUAAAUUAAGAUUGCGACGGGCCCCUAAUAUCGAAUUAGAAGUGUUUGUAUGUGACCACGGGAAAAUAACUAAGAAGAAUGUUCCCAAUUUCAGUAAAAGUGCUAUCUAUAUUAAUGAAGCAACAGGAACGCCUAUGAUGGUAUCAGAAAUUGGAGGCUAUAUAGAGUUGGUUGGAAAUACAGUUGUUAACGGUAACUCUGUUAACUUGAAAGGGGUAGGAAAGGGUAAACAUCGCCUCACAAGUGAAGAUAACAUCCACUAUGGAGACGACCAGGUCCCACUGACCGCAGAAUUAGAAGAGAAACUCAACAGAUACCUCAAGAAAAAGAAACGGAGAAACAAGAAUCGUGUCAAGAGACAGGCCACAAUUAAUACAGUAGAGAUGCUUGUUGUCACUGAUUAUUCUGUCAAAGAAAAGUUUUUGGCUAGACAUGGCAAUGAUGACACUCUGGCAAACUCUGAAUUGAAGAUAUACUAUGCUUUAAUACUUCUAUCGAUGGCUGCGCGUUUCGACACAGUCACCGCCUUUGAACCAAGUUUGGUUUAUAGACUAGAGGGCGCUGGAAUCGUUAUUACCAAUAAUGCGGCUGAUGCGCCUUACAACCAAGAUAACAAUGUAGAUGGUGUGGUUCAAUAUAUUGACGGUCUUAACCAAUUUAGAACAUGGGCGAACAGCAACAGAGGUGAUCUACCUCCAUUUGACCAUGCUAUGUGGUUCACAAAUGACCAGCUAGGAACAUCCACCUCGACAGGAGUUGUCGGUGUUGCUUGGGAGAGGGGAAUGUGUUCUUCGUAUUCUUUUUCGAUUGUGGAAGAUAAUAAUGGUGGAAGAACAGGACUGGUCGCUGCACAUGAACUAGGUCACAGUGCCGGUGGCCACCACGAUUUAGGACAAGGGGCGUGUGAGGUAAAUGAUCGAUUUGUUAUGGCGCCUUCGGCUUUUUUUCCAACUGAUGGGACGAAAAAUAAUCCAUGGAAGUUUUCGGAAUGCUCUGUUCAAAAUUUAACACUGUAUUCAGAUUUUUUCGGUUGUUUGCGAUCUGAUGACAACAACCAGGCCGCGCUAGUAACAUCAGAAUUAGCUGGUCAGUUCCUUGAUGCCGAUGAACAAUGCAAGCUUUAUUUUGGUAAUCCGGGAUCAUAUUUCUGUAGAGGUGCACAAUUAAGUAAUUAUGGAUUUGACUUGAUGUGUCAGAGGCUGUUAUGUUUUGAUCCCUCUUCCUCUAACGUAUGUAGGCCGAUUGCAGCCCAGGAGUUCACUUCCUGUGGUAAUCAGAAGUGGUGUCAAGGUGGAAGUUGUGUUUCUAGUAGUGAAGCUCCAGUCACAAAGGAUGAUUGCCCACAGGGUGAUGGUAAUAGGUUCACUUGCUCGGUUAGCUCUUGUCCUAGUUAUAGUGACGCUCAAAAAACUGAAUGCUGCGAUACAUGUGGUGCUGAUGUCGAACCAACAGAGCCUCCAACAGAACCUCCAACAGAGCCUCCAACAGAACCUCCAACAGAGCCUCCAACAGAACCUCCAACAGAGCCUCCAACAGAGCCUCCAACAGAACCUCCAACAGAGCCUCCAACAGAACCUCCAACAGAGCCUCCAACAGAACCUCCAACAGAGCCUCCAACAGAGCCUCCAACAGAACCUCCAACAGAGCCUCCAACAGAACCUCCAACAGAGCCUCCAACAGAACCUCCAACAGAGCCUCCAACAGAGCCUCCAACAGAACCUCCAACAGAGCCUCCAACAGAACCUCCAACAGAGCCUCCAACAUGUACUUCUCGCCAGUGUAGACGAUGUGUAAGGAGAAACAUUAGGAGAGGACGAGAUACUUCCCCAUGUUACAAUUAAACUAGAAAAGCAGCAAAGAUGUCGGUUUUAAUGGAAUAUCGCCACAGACCGGAUUCAUUCUAAAUGUCAUCAACAAAUAUUUCCAAGUUUACUUCCCAUCAGCUAUACAGCUGGCGCUACAGAUGGACAUCCUGGGCUACGAGGAGAGAUUGGUCUACACCACACAUCCUUGGCUAGUCAGCUUCUACCUCGACUGCCCACCAAACCUGGUAUUAUCGGGCGUCAAACUACAGUGUCCUACACCUACCCAGAGAGAAUCGUUUUUAUAUGCCGCCAAGCGUGGUGACAUUACUUGGCAUGCUGGGCCGAUGAACAUGCAGUAUGAAGCUCUGGACGUCUCCAUGGUAGAGUUCAGUCUACAGCUGUCUGAAGACAUGGAUGCCAGAAUAUAUCAACCUCGUCAACAUAGAACAAUGAGUCAGAGAGAUGUACCAGGAAUGACGCAAGCUCUGUUACCAAUCCUAGCUAGACAUGGUAUAGAAGGUAUAACAGUUGGUGUCAACACCGUAUCAUCACCUCCGGCUGUACCUAAAAUAUUCCAAUGGGUUUAUCAAAAUACAAGUCUUAUAGCCAUGUGGCAUCCAGGUGGAUAUCCUCUACAUCCGGGUAGUUUUCCCAGCAUGCCGAUAGGGCUAUCACGAGAUAAUUGUGUUACUUUCUCAGAGUUUGAAGAGGCCAUGUGCUUCUCCUUCAGGGGAGAUAACCAAGGACCUCCACAAUCAGUCCAGGAGGUGCUCACAUCGUAUGAAAUAGUAAGAGGACAGUUUCCAGGCGCUUAUGUCCAGGCGUCAACAUUUGAGGACUUUGUGGGAGCUGCUCAGAGAAUUAAAGAUAAGCUACCGGUGGUGGAUAAAGAGAUUGGAGAUACGUGGAUACAGGGAAUAUCUUCGGAUCCAACCAAAGUAGCACAGAUGAGAGCUUUCUUUCGUGCUCGAGCGGAUUGUCUGGAGACAGGUAAAUGUUCUAAUAUUGAGCUACCUGUGUAUAAUGCAAGUCGUGUGUUGGUAAAAUUAGCAGAACAUACCUGGGGUUUAAACAAUGUCAAGGAUUCCGUUAAUUGGACAAACGAUCUAUUUACCAAACAACUCGAAAAUAAAGCUCCUAAUUUUGAGAAUGUUAUAUCGUCAUGGUCUGAACAGAGAGGGUUCCUUGAUCUAGCCCUGGAGACUCUGGGCAGCCAUCCGCUAGCUGAGGAUGUACGUCAACAGUAUGAAGACUUGGUUCCAGUAAAACCUGACCUUUCGUAUUAUGACAAGUUACCUGGUAGAAACGUAUCUUGUGUAGCUGGUUUAAAGUUUGGUUUUGAUGAAGAUGGUUCCAUUAUACAAUUAGAGCAACUAUCGGGGAACAACUGGGCCUCACGAACCAAUCCACUGGGCCAGAUAAUAUAUAAAACUUAUAAUGACACGGACUUCAAUGACUUCCAUGACCAGUAUGUUUAUACCCGAUUCUACUGGCUACAGAUUGGUAAAUGGAAUUUAACGGCCAAUUGUCCAACUUGUGAAUCAAAAAUCUGGAAAACCAAAUUAGUGAAUCUUUAUCAAGCAAAAGCUGGAACAUGUGAUAUAUUGUUGGAGCUCUCAAUGUUAGAGGAAAGGGCUACUACAUUUUAUGGUGCCCCACCCACCAUCUAUAUCCGUUAUUAUUCUCUUAAAAAUAGUAUUCUAGAGUCUGAUGUACAGUGGUUUGGUAAAAUGCCGACCAGAUUAGCUGAAUCUAUUUCCUAUUCGUUUCAACCUAAUUUACAACCCGGUAAGGAAUGGAGAGUUAACAAAUUGGGGCAGUUCAUUGAUCCUUUGAAUGUUGUUACCAAUGGUAGUCAACGGUUACAUGCUAUUGAUAAAAGUGUUACAUAUAAAGAUAAAGACGGUCACGGGAUAGAAUUGGUUUCCAUGGAUGUUGCCUUGACAACCAUACAUCAGACAGUUGAUGACGUAUCGGUACUUCCGGUACCACUGACGCCUAUAACGAAUAUAUCUGGAAUAUCAUUUAAUAUGUUUAAUAAUGUUUGGGAUUGUAAUUAUAUUUUCUGGUAUCCGUACCAAUCGUCUGAUGCCAACCAAAAAUUUCGAUUUGCUAUUUUGUUUUCAUGAUGUUGGUUGACGGUGUUAGAAAAUUUGUAAUGGUAUAUAAACACAAUCUGGUUAAAACACAGAUCCUAUUUCGUUUCGUUUUUCAUAGUUCAAAAUUUCGUUUUACUUGUCUUUACUACACUAGGAUCUGGAAGAGUUGUUAUCAUUGACAUGUUUUGAAUAGUGGUAGGGAUUAGCCAAUGAAACGGUCUGUUACGGCGAGGUUUAGGCGUGUUUUGCACGGAACUGUGGGUAAUCCAUUAGAAACAUCAAUGCUAAUUGGUUAAUCAAAUGUCUUACGCCAUAGGUUCAAAAGCCGCCCGUAUGACCUCUGACGCGACCUAUCGCUACAACUUGUCAGAUCUUCAUGUAGUGUAGGCCAUCGAAAGUAUAAAAAAAAACGAAACGAAAUAUAGAUCAGGGCCCUUAUUCACGAAAACUUAAACUAAGAUA